AGAGACAAAGGCGCUACACACGAGCAUGGCCUCCUCCAAGUCAAGCUCGUAUGCGUUCGGUCACGCGCGAGCACUCAGCGAGGCCAGACUCCACCAGAGAUCAGCGUCUGGCUCUCAUCGUAUCGAUAUCCCCACCACGCCGUCCUCUGGUCCGCUGUCCGCCUCGGCAGCGACAGUGUCCAGUGGGUUGAGCAGCAUCGAACGCGACAAUGCUCGGACGAGGUUCAACGGCAGAGCUCGUCAGGUGUCAGCUCAGGAGUCGGGAAUGACGAGAUCGAACUCUGCAAGACUGUUGACGGGUAGGAAGAGAUGGCGACGGCGCUGGCUUAUUCUGCUCGUGCUGCUCUUACCGCUCGGCUACUAUCUCGUAGUCGUGCGCUCAGAAGCGAGGCAGCGCUCCGCCCGGAGACGGCCAAGGCUGGCCAACGUCUCCUCAGAUAUGCCGCGAGUGGACAGAAGCAUCUUUGACAGGCUCAAAGCGCUCGAGGAGAUGAUGAUGGCAGGCUCGACAGACGACGACGUUGAUCCUGAUCUGGCCCGGUACGAUCGACCUGGCCGGACAGCUCAGUCGGCAGACGCUGGCUUCCUGCCUGUGGAUGCCAUACCGGACCCCAAAGCGCACAAAGCGCAACUGGAUGAGAAUGGCGAGGAAGUGUCAGGCUUGAUAUCCGCAGAUCUGCUCGACAGACAGGUGUGCCCUGACAGGGGCGACCUGGGCUGCUCCUUCCUCGUACCUGCCUGGCUCGGCGAACAAGAGACAAAAGCCCAAGGACAUCUGUAUCAGCUCGGUCUGCUUGCACUGUCGCUCAACAGGACCCUUGUCCUGCCCAAUGUCGAUAGAUCAAGGAUGGGCGUCUGCUUUGCUCGGCCAUUUUCAUUCUACUACGCAGGUGAAGCGCUCAAUGCGCUCGGCAUACCCACAAUCUCGCAAGCAGCAUUCAUGACUUGGGCUUCUACGAGAGAGCCCGCGCCCACGGGUCAGGUUGUCAGCGUCGAAGGCAACAAAGCAGGUUAUCCGGCCGGCGCGAUAGAGAUUGAUGCCACCUCUGACCCAACGAUGGUGCCGGGCAAGCCGACUCGGAGACUGUGCUUGGCCCAGCCCAAGGCGCCUGUCGACUUUACUCCCUACUCACCCUUGUCCGUCGUUGCACCUCUCGACUGGCACCGUCAAGAAUCCACGCGCCUCGGAUUCGGCGAGUCGAUCGUCAACACCUUGCGAGGCUCGGAGAUCGACGUCAAAUCUUCUCGAACGGACAACGAAGAAUCUGACGAAGCACCACCGCCGCCAGACGUGCUCGCGUUCAAUUGGGAGCUUCGCUUCCCCGUCCUGACAGCAGACAGCCUUCUGGAGAUCGCAGGUCCUGCUAUCUAUGGGCUUGAUCUCGUCCGACCUUUCGAGCACUUUGACUAUGCUUCCGUGUGGAUUGCUAUUGGCGACUACAUCGCCUCACAGCUUUCGCCGUUUAUUGGCAUACAUUGGCGACAGGAAACACUGGAUGUCAAGAAUCUUUAUGGCUGCGCAGAAUCGCUCAUCGAGACGCUCAAGGAGAUGGCAGAGGCCGAUCCGAGUUUAGAGACAGUCUACCUCGCGACAGACUACCCCAUCGAGGAUCUAGAGACGGGUCGCUCUGGCUCAAUGGACCACAGCAGCACUUUCCACAAUGUGCUCAGGCAAGAGCAUCACGAUGCGAUGAAGAUGUUCCUGACCGAAUUCGAGGAUCACAAAGUCGGUUCACUACGACUCACCACUUUCUCACGCGAGGCAAAGCGACUCAGUUUCCCCGAAGACAUCAUGCGCUCCCUCAAUGCUGCCACCAACGCACCGUCGACAGUGACCGAGGCGCAGAGAAGAGCGCAAGCCAGGUUAGACAGACGUCCUCAGACGGCACUCGACCUUGGCGACAUCGACCCGGGUCUACUGGGCAUCAUCGACAAGGCCGUCGUGAUGAAAGCAGAGGUCUUUAUGGCGGGCGAGCCCGAUAAGAGUCAAGGCUGUGGGAAAAUCAGCAGCUUCACGAGACAGAUCAUUGCCUCUCGAGGAGAGCUUCUCUCGCGGCAGAGCUCAAGUCAGGCAGAAGGCAGCGAGGAGCAUAGGCUGCCAGGCAUGCUCUGGAACGACGUCACUACGUGGCGACUAGCGUGA